AUGAGCUGGAGGUUGAAAGUGCAUGCACCAAGAAAGGAGAUUCAGGCCGGCUUCAAUCUCAUGGUUGGUAACGAUAUAGACUCUAGAAGUCAUGUGGAAGCUGCAUACAAUGGUUUUGAGCAAUUGAUGAAGCUUGAAUCGAACGUUAGCCAGGACGACUUGGAGCUAACGCUACACUCGCUAUUAACCCAAGGAGAUGGCCAGAAUGACACUUCAGAUCCUCUGCAUAGUGCGAUAGAGAAAGCAAUUUCAGAAAUGGAGCUACCGGAAGUGAUCGUUUCGCCAGAAGAAUGGAGUCCCACGGAAGACGAGAGUGACGGGAAAGGUGAAGACACGACACACGGCAUUGGGGCUGCCGCAUCGUUACACCUAACUGUGGACAACAUCCUAGCAGACCACUUACUACAGGGCUUAGGUACCAGGGAUAGUCAGAAGAGAAGCCAUGAGGAGAUACUCGAGAACCAGGCUAAAGAUAGAGCUCAUCUCGACAAUAUUCCGGCGGAUGAGCAAACUGGAAGUAAAUCUACCGCCUAUGAGACCUUAUCACCAGCUAGUUUGUCGCCAAUAUCAGAUUCGGAAACUCUACAGUACAAACACAGGAAACAGCACUCGGCUGGUUUCAAGAAACCAGCCCUCACUGCUACGAGUAACGCUACAACUCUGACUCAGAGAAUUCAUAGUCCUGUGGAACCACCUGCUAAGCUCACAAAUGAGUUCACAAUGGCACAGGUGGCCGAUGUCAAAAAAAGGAUCAUCAGCACACAUAAACUCUUGCUUAAUUUCAAUUUCUUGAAGGAUGGGUAUGCUCGGACUACCGUGGAGCUAAAGAAAGCCCUGCUGAGAUUGAAACAAAGCGAAAUUCAUAGAGCCCAAUUGCUUCAGGAAAAUGAGCAGCUCAAGAGACUAGUCAUAGAACAGAACGAAAAAUUGAAAGCCCAAAAUAUUGCCGGAUAA